GUGUUGAAGGUUUGCGGCACCGUCGACGUUAAAAAAAAGAAAUGUCAAGUCUUUUCUAACCUUAAAGUCUAAACAUUCGUAAUCUUAUUAAAAUUGUAAAGUUAAAAUGUCUCAGUUAAUAAAUACUUUCUUAAGGAAUCCUGUCCUAAAGAGUGUAAGAUUACAUGUGCCAUGUCGGAUGAUUCAGUUAACUCCAGUUCAGCAACUGUACGCGCCUGCAGCCCUGGGAAUCGAUGGCUAUCUUCACGCGAGGAGGAGAAUCAAGGAACAAUUCGCAAACUUUACCGACAAAUUCAGGACAAAGAUGACUGAAUUUGUGGGUGACUCCAAGAACAUGGUGUUCACAGAGGAUCUGAAGAAUAUGGUGCACAUUGCUGAGCCUUCAGAUUUGGAAUUGUGUCUUAAAAUGGUUAAAAAAUUCAACACACAAAGUUCAGAGUAUCGAUUUGGAUCCUUUGUGUUUGGACCAGUAGUAAUGAGAAUGUUUCAUUUUUUGGAUGCACCUAAUGAAGCUUUAAAGUGUUUUGAAGACCCAGAAAAUGGUGAUUUCUUUGACCAACUAGUGACAUACCAGAUAUUGCUGGACCUCCUGUACAGUCACCAGAUGUACGAUGACAUGUUCAGGGUGUUUGAGAGAGUGAAAGAUCGCCAGAUCAACAUGUCCAAGUAUCCAAAAUAUCCAGUAGUUUUAAUACUUGCAGCUUGUUAUAAACAGAAUACACCGCAAAGUAUGGAAUAUGCGUCAAAGUUAUGGUCAGAGAUGAGCAAAACAGGCACUAUUCCACUAAGAAGAGCAUGCACAUUCUUUGCUGCACUAGCCCUUAAGCAGGGCGCCCCCCACAUAGCACUAGAGUCGAUAUCGUCACAGAAACAACAUUAUGUCACAAUACGAAACAUCAAGGCGACAGCGUUAGCGGCCAUGGGCAGAGUGGACGACACGUUACCGGUGCUUCGAACUGUAUUGGACAUCGAUUCGCCGCAGCAGAAAGACAAACACACGUUCUUUGAAGAAACUAUAUUAAAAGUAAAGGAGGCAGUGGAGAAGAGCGAGAAUAAGGACUUGAAGAAGGAGUUCGAUGAUAUUCACAAAGCGUUGGUAGAUCGACAGUUAAUAGAUUCUAAACAGACGCUGGACAUGCUGCUGAACGCCGAGAUCACAGCGGCGAAGAAGACCGACGGGCCUGGCAGCGGUAUGCCUUCAUACAAAAAGCCACAUAUGCCCUAUGGACUUAGGCAGAAGAGGCGUAGCUAAUGUAAUAGUUGAUAUUAUUAGAUAUGGGUUCAUCUUCUUGUCUGGCACAUCUUUACAGUUAGGUCGAUAUUUGAACGGAUUAUUUCGUUGUGACUGUUCUCAAAUAAUUUCAAUAGUAGAUGGAUUGGCGAUUACAUUAAAAGCAGUUACUUGCAACACAUAGCUCACAUUUAAAAAAAUUGUAUUGGAGUAUCGUAACCCAAAAUGGCGUAAACACCAAUCUGUCCAUUUUUUAAUAUGCAGUCUAUGUUCGAGUCCAUAUAUUUCGUCAGGUGACAACAAAAAUACAGUAAUUACUACCAAAACUUCAGAGCCAUAGUGAACCGUACUAGCAACAUGAUAAGAAUGAAUUUUGUUUAAUUAUUUUUAUGUAAUUAGUGAGUUUUGGAUGUUUGGAUUUUGUAUUUGUAAUGCCUACGCCAAUUCUUGGGAUUAGUUGCCAAGCGGCUCCUAUGAGUCGUGGCAAAAAUGCCGGGACAACGCGAGGAAGAUGAUGAUGAUGGAUAUUUGGGUCUCAUUGUUUCCCAUAAAGUUUUAAGUCAUAAUGUAUUGCUAGUCCGCAUUUUCGUUAGUCAAAAUUUGGUUUUUCUUAGAAACGCGUAUUUUUUCAGGAUUGCCAUAAAACAAACCUAACCUAUCUAUAGAAUAACCUAACGAAAAUCCUGAAAAGUUAACGAUUUCAGAGUUAUGACUAAUGAUAAUCUGACUAUCAUUAAUUUCAAUAAUUAUACCAAACCAAGGAAUCUGUGGAUAUUUACAUUUGUUAAAUUCUGUAAUAUUGGUCAUUAUGCAACAUAAUGUAAUUUGUGAGUGUUUUUAUUUCUGGAGAUAACUGCCAAAAAGUAUUUUCCAUCGUACUUUUGUGAUUGCAUUGCAUAAUGGGUGAUAUUGGGGUCGUGACUCAUGACCGUGAAUGUCAAAAAUGUUUUAUAUUGUCAUACUAUACUAAUUCCCCCAUGGGACACAAAAUUCCCCCAUUUUCACAAAAUCGCUAAAUAAAAUCUAAUAGGGAGUAUUACUGCAAUGUUCUGCCGCCAGAGUGCAGCACUAGCGCCUUUCGUAAACCAUAGGCUUAUACAUACUGUGCUUUAAACUGUUUUUGACAAGUUUUCACAGAUAAUAAAACAUGACAUUGAUGCAUCAAGGCGGUUUGUUAACAAAGGGCCUAUCAGGAAACGCGAAAAUCGAAAUUUAGUUAUCUGCCUCUUCAUCGCUCGAAUAUGCAAGAGCGAUAGAGAGGUAAGAUAACGAAAUUACGAUUUUCUUGUUUCGCGGUAGAUCCUCAGAUUGUGAUGGAUUGUGGUAGUGGCGCCCCCUAUGCAGAGUUGCCCCCCUGAGCAGAGCAAGCAGAGACACUUCGAGGGCCCGAAGUAGACGAAAUGUAUGGGCCCAGGGGUAUAUUUUUUUCACGAUUUUCAUAUUGGUCCCAUGAGAAAUCUUGUUCAGUAUGACCAUCUUAAUGCGAUUUUGACAUUCGUGAUCACCUCCCUAUAAUCACCCAGUGUAAACAAUCAGUGGAUUAUUUUUUAUUUGUAGUAAUCAUAACUUACAUAAACCUGUAAAAAAUUGCAAAUUGUAGGUACUUUUUCAAAUGGCCGAGGCGAACUUUGAGGUUAGAAUAAAGCGAGAUAUAGAGGCCAAUUUAAACUAACAUUGUGACAUCAAAAUGAAGCAUGCAUUUCGCUUGUAGGGUCAUGUGUUAGACAGUGGCUCAUUGGAAAAUUAUGAUAACAUAAUGGCUAUAUUUUAUCAGUCCGCAACUUUUAGAAAGCUCUCGGUACGCGAACACAAACGAGCCUAUCGGUUGGCUUACACAUCCCAAAGUGUUUUCGUCAGGAGGACUGUUUUGUUUCGGUGGUGUCGUCAAGCUCACCAUACUUAUUAACCUAUCGAAUGAGCUAAUGCUUUUACGGAUACUGGAAAGCGAUAUGUAAACAUACUACAUACCUAUACGAGGCCUGGACGUUAGUGAGAUGACGAUAUGAGUUGUGCUGGUGUCCGACUUUAUUACCUACAUGUAAAUGAGUUUCACAUGAUUAUCCACCUGGUUUCUUGAGCUUAAUAGCCGCCUCCAAACCUCCCCUUAUAGCGACCCCUUUCCUCACACAAAAUUUACCUUAAGUUCAUAUUAGCCUCACUGGAUCACUGUUCACUCUGAGUACUGAUAACGUUGGUCACAAUCUACAAGAGACACAUCAUUAUUCUAAUAACACCAUAAGAACGUCCUUGACUUGAUCUAAAAUCAAAUAUCACUCCGCCGUAGAUUUUUUCGCACACAACCUCCUUUUUCCUACUGUCGUUCUCAUCUACCCUCUCAACUUCAGCCAAAAAAUCCCAAUUACCUAGAAGCGGUUAUUUAACAUAUACGUGACUACUAGCGCCAUCUACUCCAUGACGUUGGCAAAUAUUAGCCGGUUCGCAAUACGUUCGCGACAGGUGGUUCAAAUUAGUGAUUGAAAGCGAGUUUAAUUUUGUUCUAGCUACUAAUCCGUUAUUAAUAUCUAUAUGCUCACUGUAUUUUCGACAUAAUAUGCCAAUUAUCGCACUAGUGAUGUAAUGUGACAAUUUAUGCACUAGUGCGGUAAAGUAGCACCAUAGGUACUGUAAUAGUACAUUACGAUACAAUCGCGAAAAAUACUAAAUUCGAAACGAGUGGCGAUAAACGGCCCAUCGAAAAAAAGUGAGCCACUGUUGACUACAUGACCCUACUUGUCGGUACGCACGGGUGACUAACAUCAUUUAGAUAUCAUUUUAAUGUCAUGAUGUAAAUUUGAAUCGGCCUCUUAUAAAAGUAAACAAGACCUAUAACAAAAACACAAGUCCAUGU